UUCCCCGCUGCAAGACGUUUUCGUGGUUUCCGUUUCCUUAUAAUCAGGAGAUCGGUCAAGUUUGAGUGCGAUUGUCUGUUCUUUAUUGAACAGAUGCAUACGAUCAGUGAUCGGUUUGGUGGUAGAUUUUGCGGUAAAAAAGAGAAAUUUACGCGGCUUGCUUGUGCAAUCGGUUACAAAUAAGAUACAGUAGGGUUUCCAAGAUUGCUAAUUAUUAUUUAUGUCAAUUCUUUUUUACUAAUACCACACUCGUAACAAAACAGUAUAAAGCAUGGCUACCGAGAGCCAUUUAUCGCAAGUAUUUAGCGAAGAAUUGACGUGCCCUGUUUGCUUGGAGGAGUUAAAGGAGCCGAAAUGUUUAACAAGUUGUGCACAUAAUGUAUGUAAACCAUGUCUUGAUCGGAUGACAUUUAAUGGGGAGAAAGAGAUCCGAUGUCCAACGUGUAGAAGAAGUACGUUGAUUCCCGAUGGCGGCGUCAAGGCUUUGCCGACGAAUACAAUACUUGUCCGCCUUCUUGAGGCGACUCCAGGACGCAAGGAGCGAAUUGAGAUACAUAAAGCUUUAGAGAAAGGAAAGCCAGUCGUCGAAGAAAUGACAAGAAAGAUUAGAAAACUCGAUACUUACUUGGAUAGCAUGUCAGUUAAUUGUCAAUUAACGGAAGAAAGAAUCCACGACGAGGCUGAGAAAAUUAUUGAAUUGAUCAGAAAGCACGAGAGCAAACUUUGCAUGGAAGUUCAGGGUUUUUAUGGCAAGAAACAGAAGAUUUUGCAACACCAACGGUGUAAUUUAGUUAAACUUUUAUCCGGUGCUUCAAGUUGCAUAGAGCUAGCCGAAGAAAUUCUCAUUAAAGGUGAUGUUUCUGAAAUCAUAGAGUUGAGGAAUGCACUGAAAGAACAGCUAGAAGAAGUUGUUCAAUUAAAUCUUGACGAAUCAGAUGAGGUUUCUGGGAAAUUUGUUGAAGAGUUAGAUUUUGUAAUUCACAGGAAUGCUACUAUUGGAGGACUUGAAAGUAAUACCUUUGGAUCACUUAACAAAAAGAUUGGCCAGGUUGUGUCAUCAGCAUCAUCUGCUGACAUUCUACCUGACUGGUCAAAGGCUGGAAAAGUCAUUCAUAAAAUUGGUCACAAGGGUAGCAGGAAAGGGAAUUUUAAAAGUCCAGGUGGAGUGGCAUCCAAUGAGUUUGGAGAGAUUGCAGUUAGUGACUUUUUUAAUGACCGCAUCCAAGUAUUUGACUCCAAAGGAAAGUUCCUUUUUCAGUUUGGGAAGAAAGGAACUAAAGACGGUCUCUUCCAGGGACCAACUGGUGUUGCAUAUACAGUCAAUUCUGAGAUAAUGGUUCUUGAUAGUAGAAACCACCGCAUACAAAUAUUUAACAGGAAAGGUGAAUUCCUAUCCAAGUUUGGCCAAAGAGGAAGCAAUACAGGUGAACUAGGCUGGGCAGAGGGGCUUUAUGUUGAUGGUGAAAACAAGAUUAUUGUGACAGACACUGAACACAACCGUGUUCAAGUAUUCCAUGCUGAUGGCUCAUUCAAGUUCAUGUAUGGGGACACAGGAACUGAGGGAUUUGAUAAGCCCUUAAACACUGUCUGCCACAAUGGAGAGUACUUUACAACAGACAGUGGUAAUUUUUGUAUCAAGGUCUUCAACUCUGAUGGGGAAUAUGUCCGUCAGUUUGGACGAGAAGGGGCAGGGGGUGGAGAAUUUUGCUGCCCAAGGGGACUGGCCCUGGAUAAGAAGAAUGAGUUAUUGCUAGUGUGUGACAGUGGCAAUGAUAGUAUUCAUGUUUUUAGGCUAGAUGGAAGCUUUGUUACUCAAUUAUCUACCAAGAAGACUCCGGUGGGAUUAGCACUCAUGAACGGCAGGCACCUUGUUGUGUCUUCAUAUUAUGGACAUUGUGUUCAAGUUCUCUCUUACAUAUAAGGUAGCAUCAGUAUGGGAACAGUAGCAAAACAAAGGGCGGGAUAGACAGGGCUUGCUAUGCUAGCAUUUUCUAACACCACAAAGAAAUUGCUGAAAUGUGCUCAAUAUUUGCAAAGUGCUUUCUGUGUUUACUUGGAAAACCCUUUUUCUAGCUCCUACAGUAGCUCCAGCUACUGAAUAGGGGACUUGCACUGAGUGAUAAAGUGACUUUUUAGGAAGCAAACAAGUGCACGCUCAGGCUUUUGGCAGCAAAAUAACAACAACAAAAUGCAACCUAUUUAGCGUUUUUUUUUUUCAGAGAGGUAUAUUUUUAUUUAAAUAUUUUAUUUUUUCUGUGUUUAUUUUGGCUUGAACUUUCCACCCAUGUUAUCUCUUAGUGCUAGUCCUAUGCUGAUGCACUGGGCAUAAUGUGGUUUACUGAGAAAAAAAAUUCUAUUGGGCUAGCACAUUGAAGCUGGAUCCGAUUACACAAUGAAGAGCAUGUCACAAGUACACUUGAAUCAAUUUAGAGAGUAUGUAGAUCAAGUUUUUAUCUUAAAAUUUAGCCUAACAAACUCUGUGUCCCUUGUAAUCUAGGGAAAGCUUUUAGGCAGUCUAAUUCCCUCUUUAUAACUGCUGUUAUUCCUUAAUGCUUUAUCCAUUCCUGAGGAGAGGAUUGAAAUAUUUUUAUUAAUUUUCAUGGCCUGUAUACUAGGCAUUAAUAGCUUCACGGGUAUAUACUUAAUAAUAUAUGCACUGUAUAUAUUUAUAUAUAAUGUAUAUUACAAAUUAAAAAUAACAGUCUAUAUAGGAAGUCAUAUAAUGUUUUUUAAAGAGUAAUGAAAAAGCGAUGCUCAGGUUAAA